AUGCCCGUCUGCGCUGCCUGCUCCUGCUCCUGCUCCUGCAACGACACCUUUGGUCCAAGACUGCUAGGCAUGACCAAGGCCUGCAGCUCGGACCGCUGGUCUAAAUCGCAAUCAUCAGCUGAUCCCGCUUUGGAAUUUUGUGCCGAUUUUCCUGCACUACCACACAGCGCACGAUCGCGCCUCUCAGGCCGCCCCCUAUCUGCGCGGCUACACCCGCCGCUACCCCGGCCUAGCUAUUCUGCGACCGCAUCGGCCCAGGGAAGUGUGGUUCGAAGUGCAACUUUAAUUUACCGCUUGCUUCUCGCCGCUGUGCAUGCUUAUCAGAGCGGCAAGCGCGAUGUGGCCUGCCACACCCUGGUCCUGGCGCAGUUUGGUUUCCACCUCGCGCUCAUCCGCUAUCCAGAAACCCAUUCGUCAGACCGAUCAACUGGCACUUCAGCAUUGAUCAAGUGCCAGCAGAGCUGCUCGGCCAUUGUCCAGCACUCUGGGCGUCGACCCAUGACCCGCCGUGCCAUUGUUGAGCUCGCAUUUGAUGCGUUGGGUCGCACCAAACCCCCGUGCCUUCUAGCCCAAUUUUGGCUGGCCAUCGCAUCUUGGUCCCGAUUCUAUAGAAGCCAAAGCAUUCUCGUUACGGUUCUACCAGCCCACAGUGUCGAGAUGUACAGAAGCUGGUACACUGGGGAGCGGGUGUAUGGGUGCUGGCAAUCGCCAAUGCGCCAGCUCACCGAACCAUCUGAAGAAAAAGCGAAAAGUACGGCUGGGUGCUACCGCCAUGCACAAUCCCUAGGGGCUACGAGCCAGGCUGCCCUACCCCCCUUUCGUCUGGAUUCAUGCACAGGCGUUUUUGCCGCUUAUCACAGGCUGGUGUCAUGCGUACCGAACCUUUCUUUCGGAUCCUCGUCCUCCCGCUCCCACGUCGACAGAUGCAGAGGGCACGAUGAGAACUAUUUAGGUCGAGCGCCUUGA